CUCGCCCGCGUAUAUAUACCCGGGGUGCCGCCCCCGCCAUAGCACACAACAACAGAGUCGAGUCAUCGCAUCCUAUUGCGCCUGAUAAUCAACAGCUUAGCUAGAGCCGAGAGCGAGCAGCAGCAGCCAUGGUGCUCUCCAGGGCCGCCUCCGACACCGACGUGUCGGUGCACUCCACCUUCGCCUCCCGCUAUGUCCGCUCGUCCCUCCCGAGGUACCGGAUGCCGGAGAACUCGAUCCCCAAGGAGGCGGCGUACCAGAUCAUCAACGACGAGCUGAUGCUGGACGGCAACCCGCGGCUGAACCUGGCGUCCUUCGUGACCACGUGGAUGGAGCCCGAGUGCGACAAGCUCAUCAUGGCCUCCAUGAACAAGAACUACGUCGACAUGGACGAGUACCCGGUCACCACCGAGUUCCAGAACCGGUGCGUGAACAUGAUCGCGCAUCUCUUCCACGCGCCGCUGGGCGAGUCGGAGACGGCCGUGGGCGUGGGCACGGUGGGGUCGUCGGAGGCCAUCAUGCUGGCCGGGCUGGCCUUCAAGCGGAGGUGGCAGAACAAGCGCAGGGCCGAGGGCAAGCCCUUCGACAAGCCCAACAUCAUCACCGGCGCCAACGUCCAGGUGUGCUGGGAGAAGUUCGCUCGGUACUUUGAGGUGGAGCUCAAGGAGGUGAAGCUGCGGGAGGGGUACUACGUCAUGGACCCGGAGCAGGCGGUGGAGAUGGUGGACGAGAACACCAUCUGCGUCGCCGCCAUCCUUGGCUCCACGCUCAACGGCGAGUUCGAGGACGUCAAGCGCAUCAACGACCUGCUGGAGGAGAAGAACAAGCGGACCGGGUGGGAGACGCCGAUCCAUGUGGACGCGGCGAGCGGCGGCUUCAUCGCGCCGUUCCUGUACCCGGAGCUGGAGUGGGACUUCCGGCUGCCGUGGGUCAAGAGCAUCAACGUGAGCGGCCACAAGUACGGCCUCGUCUACCCCGGCAUCGGCUGGUGCGUGUGGCGCACCAAGGAGGACCUCCCCGACGAGCUCAUCUUCCACAUCAACUACCUCGGCUCCGACCAGCCCACCUUCACCCUCAACUUCUCCAAGGGCUCCAGCCAGGUCAUCGGCCAGUACUACCAGCUCAUCCGCCACGGCAUCGAGGGGUACACGAAGAUCAUGGAGAACUGCCAGGAGAACGCCAUGGUGGUGAAGGAGGGCCUGGAGAAGACGGGGCGCUUCAGCAUCGUGUCCAAGGACGAGGGCGUGCCGCUGGUGGCCUUCUCGCUCAAGGACCGUAGCCGGCACGACGAGUUCGAGAUCUCCGACAUGCUGCGCCGCUUCGGCUGGAUCGUGCCGGCCUACACCAUGCCGGCGGACGCGCAGCACGUGACCGUGCUCCGCGUCGUCAUCCGGGAGGAGUUCAGCCGCACCCUCGCCGAGCGCCUCGUGCUCGACAUCGACACCGUCAUGGCCCAGCUCGACGCGCUGCCCUCCAAGCUCGCGCCCCCGGCGCUGCUGCCGGCCGCGCUGCCCAAGACCGUCGUCGUCGCCAACGGCCACGUCAAGAAGACGGAGCUCGAGACGCAGAAGUCGGUCACGGAGGCCUGGAAGAAGUUUGUGCUCGCCAAGAAGACCAACGGCGUCUGCUAGUCCCCAGAUUAAGAGUCUCCAAAACCCAAAUCAUGCUCAGAUCGUGAAGCUACCGAUCUUACUUAUUCGAGUGAAACUAUAUUAUAGGUUGAUUUAGGCCGAGUUUGUAACCAAAAUUUUGCUGUGGCUUUUAUGACUUGCGCAAUUGCGCUGCAGUGAUGGUACUAUUUUUCUGUCAAA